AUGGAACCACAUCAAUGCAUCCCCUUAAAAGCAGAUAACAGCAGCUUUGAUCUUCUCUUCAUUCGAGUACUGAUUCAUGAAUCUGGAAGAAUCGUUAUGCCUGCAAAAACCACUCAUCAGGCACGUGUCCUAGAAGAGCAAGGGAGUCUUUUGGAACUUGUGGACUCUUGUCUUGGUUCGAAAUACUCGAAAGAAGAGGCAAUGACGAUGUUGAACAUGGCUCUCCUAUGCACCAAUCCAUCUCCCACCCUUAGGCCGCCCAUGUCCUCCGUGGUCAAGAUGCUCGAAGGUAAAAUCCCUGUUCAGCCACCAAUGGUCAACGAGGUGCGAAGGAGCCUGGACAUGAGCUUCACAGCCUUUGAUGUGCUAUCACGGGACAGUCAGACGCAAGYGUCCGCCAUCUCGGAAGGCAGUCUYAGGGCCGACGAGCAUGCCGACCAAUGGUUAAUGGGCAUAUUCGACAGAGUAUUAGGAUGA